GAGUCCCCCCCCCCCGCCCCUCGUCCUCCCCCGCUGGACCCAGGCAGGCAUAUCUCAGGUCUAGAAAUUGCAGGACAAAAAGCAAGGUCUGCUCGAAGACCAGAGGCUGAAAGAAAAUCCACGCGAUCAGACCUCGUCUCCUCUCAGAAGGACUCCAGACCUCUGCAUCUCGUCUCUCAACAUCCGGGUCUAGAUUCCAGUUCUGGAUCUCUACAUAGAGAACUUCUGCCGGAAGACAGCAACGUUUUUGUCCUAGGAAGAAAGGGGUGACGUUCCACGAAGGCCACUAACAUCGAAUCACACAUAAGAACUCCUCUGGAUCAGGGUUUGAGGAGUAUUAAGUGAGAUAAGGCAUUCGAAGGAACCAACUCAGAUUCACAGACAGAGGACCUGUGUGCUUAAAGUCUAAGAGUGGAGGAAGAAGCUGAGGAGUGGCUUCCUCAGAGACCCUAAUAAAACCGGAGAGCCUCACCAGGGAACUGAAAGGUCCACAGACAGCGUCACGCGGAUCUUGUCAUGAAACCAUCACACAGUUCCUGCGAGGCUGCUCCACUACUCCCCAACAUGGCAGAGACCCAUUAUGCUCCCCUGAGCUCAGCCUUCCCCUUUGUCACGUCAUACCAAACAGGCUCCAGCUGUUUACCUGAGAUCAGUAGGAGCACUGAAAGAGCUUUAAGAGAAGGGAAACUACUGGAACUGGUUUACGGUAUCAAGGAGACUGUGGCAACAUUGUCCCAGAUUCCAGUGAGCAUCUUUGUGACUGGGGACUCUGGCAAUGGCAUGUCAUCUUUCAUCAAUGCACUUCGAGAAAUCGGCCAUGAUGAAGAUGCCUCGGCUCCCACGGGGGUGGUGAGGACCACGAAGACACGGACUGAGUACUCUUCAUCCCACUUUCCCAAUGUGGUGCUGUGGGACUUACCUGGAUUGGGGGCCACAGCCCAAACCGUAGAGGACUACGUGGAAGAGAUGAAAUUUAGCACAUGUAACUUAGUCAUCAUCAUUGCCUCUGAGCAGUUCAGCUCGAAUCAUGUGAAGCUGUCCAAAAUUAUCCAGAGCAUGGGAAAGAGGUUCUAUAUUGUCUGGACCAAGCUGGACAGGGACCUCAGCACCAGUGUCCUAUCACAGGUCCGGCUCCUACAGAAUAUCCAGGAGAAUAUCCAAGAGAAUCUCCAGAAGGAGAAAGUGAAGUACCCCCCCGUGUUCCUGUUAUCCAGUCUAGAUCCUUUACAAUAUGACUUCCCGAAGCUUAGGGACACACUUCAUAAAGACCUCUCCAACAUCAGGUGCUGUGAACCCUUAAAGACCCUUUAUGGCACUUAUGAGAAGAUCAUUGGUGAUAAAGUAGCAGUCUGGAAGCAGAGAAUAGCCAACGAGUCCUUGAAGAAUUCUCUCGGUGUCAGAGAUGACGACGACAUGGGCGAGUGUCUGAAAGUGUACAGACUGAUAUUUGGUGUAGAUGAUGAAUCAAUUCAGCAGGUAGCCCAGAGUAUGGGGACAGUAGUCAUGGAGUACAAGGCCAACAUGAAGUCCCAAAACUUUCAUACUCUCCGCAGAGAGGACUGGAAACUGAGGCUGAUGACCUGUGCAAUUGUGAAUGCAUUCUUCCGUUUGUUGAGAUUUCUCCCGUGCGUAUGCUGCUGUUUAAGACGCUUGAGGCAUAAACGCAUGCUUCUCUUAGUUGCCCAGGACACCAAGAACAUCCUGGAGAAAAUCCUGAGGGACUCCAUCGUCCCUCCGCAGAUCUAGUGUGAGGGCGGCCUGGUACCCUUCUUCUUCCACGGAAGCCAGGUUACCUUAGAUCUCUUUCCUAGAUCCCUAUUUCUCCACCAGAAAUCAAGAGAUACAAUAAUGCUUCCUGUAAGGGUUUUAGAUUCUCUGAGAGGAGUUAAAAUCACUCAUCUCCCCUGCCUCGAUUCUAAUGCAUUGUUCCACUGAGGGACAGGGACAAGUAGUGAUUAAAAUUCAUUGACCAUGAUUCUUAGAUUUUGAAUAUAGAAAUUUUAUUUUCGGGCUGGAGAGAUGGCUUAGCAGUUAAGAACACCAACUGCUUUUCUGAAGGUCAUGAGUUCAAAUCCCAGCAACCGCAUGAUGGCUCACAACCAUCUGUAGUGAGAUCUGAUGCCCUCUUCUGAGAUGUCUGAAGACAGCAACAGUGUACUUACAUAUAAUAAAUAAAUAAAUCUUUGGAAAAAAAUUAGAAAUUUUGUUUUCAGCUAUUAAAUGUGAUAUAUGUCCAAAUCAAUUUUCCUCUGAAACAAUAAAGUCGGUUCCUCUUCAUUAA